AUUAGUUUUCGUAGUUCGAAAUCUAAACUUUCUAAGACUUCAAUGAAAUUCAAGACUCGGUCAAAAAUUCAAGAAACAUAGCUACCGGUACCGGAUUCCGGCGGCAUCACCAAUCUCCGGCGACCUGAAGGCUACUUCCUAAGUCUUGAUGAAAUGCUGACCUCUGCGAUUCUUUCUCUUCCACGCUCUUCUUCCACAUCAGCCUUUCCGCCGCCACUUGCCUGUUCCGGCGCACUCCAUUCGUCUUGCUCUUUAGCUACUCCUACACUAAGAGUUAUUACUACAGCAAGCAAAAGCCCCUCUAGGAAUAGGCUUCUCCGUCUACGCGGUCAGGCAUCUUCCUCUUCCAGGCCGAUGAUCGAGAAGGAAACCCCGGAGUCCCAACGGCCGGAAUCCUUCCUGCGAGACUCCGAUAACAAGGAAUUCUCCUGCGCCGGUGAUGAGACCGUGAGGGCUCGUUUUGAGAAGAUGAUCCGGGAGGUUCAGGACGGCGUGUGCUCGGCCCUGGAGGCGGUGGACGGAGGGGGCAAUUUCGCAGAAGAUGUUUGGUCCCGACCAGGCGGCGGUGGUGGGAUCAGUAGGGUUUUGCAGGACGGAAACGUAUUUGAAAAGGCCGGCGUCAAUGUAUCCGUCGUGUACGGCGUCAUGCCUCCUGAGGCCUAUAGAGCUGCCAAGCCAUCCACAUCUGCAGCCGAUGAUGGCAACAACUUAAAGCCCGGACCUGUUCCAUUUUUUGCUGCUGGGAUAAGCUCGGUUCUGCAUCCAAAGAACCCUUUUGCUCCAACUCUGCAUUUCAACUAUCGUUAUUUUGAAACGGAUGCUCCAAAAGAUGCUCCGGGCGCACCACGUCAAUGGUGGUUCGGUGGUGGUACUGAUUUGACACCUUCUUACAUUUUUGAGGAGGACGUUCGACACUUCCAUUCGGUUCAAAAAAGUGCGUGUGAUAAGUUUGAUCCUAGCUUCUAUCCUCGAUUCAAAAAAUGGUGUGAUGAUUAUUUUUAUAUUAAGCAUAGAGGAGAGAGACGAGGUCUCGGAGGAAUUUUCUUUGAUGAUUUGAAUAACUAUGAUCAAGAGAUGCUUCUUUCAUUUGCUACAGAGUGUGCGAAUUCGGUCAUCCCCGCAUAUAUACCAAUUGUAGAGAAGAGGAAAGAUAUGCCAUUCACAGACAGUCACAAGGCAUGGCAACAACUACGUCGAGGGCGUUAUGUAGAGUUCAACUUGGUUUAUGACCGUGGAACAACAUUUGGACUAAAAACUGGAGGACGUAUAGAGAGUAUUCUUGUAUCUCUUCCAUUAACUGCGCGAUGGGAGUACGACCAUAAACCACGGGAGGGGACUGAAGAAUGGCGGCUUUUGGACGCUUGUAUCAACCCAAAGGAUUGGAUCUGAGCUUAAACAAUCAGACUACUCUGUUGCUUUGCUGCCUGUUGAGGUUUGAGCUUUUGUUGUAUCAGUAUUUGUCUGAGUUUGGAAUAAGCCCCAGUGUUCAUUGCUGUUUUAUUGAAUUGAAGUGAUUUUGUAGCAUUUGUUUGAUGCAUAAUUGUAAGCUAAUUAUCAUUUUUAUUUCGGUGCAUCUUAUGAGCAUUGAUGAUGUAACAGGUUAUUCUGAUCCAUAUAUGACUAUUGACUACUAAUAAUCUCAAUAAGAGCAUCACAUUUUA